AUUUUCAGCCAAAUUGGAUGUACGAUUUGGAAUAAAAACUACAAAUUUACAUGUAGGCAACCAUGUAAACCAUUGGCAGCUGUUGUCAUCUUUCAUCAAAAGUUCGCAAUGUCUUCGCCGGCUGGACAAAAUUUUGCGUUGCUCAAAAAGCUUUUUUCAGAAGUGCAAAAGGAAAAGUACACCUUCUUGUAUGAUCUCAGCCAAAAAGAGUACAAAAAUAAUAAGCUUAAGCAAAUAGCUUGGGGUGAAAUCGCGGACGCAUUUGAAUUGCCAAAGGAUGAAAUGCAAGUGCUGUGGAAACGCACCCGAAAUAAAUUUAAAAACGUGCUUGCCAGCAGUAACGCCUCAAGUGGAAGCGCGAGACGAGUACAAAAGCAGAUGGAUACUUUUUUGUUAUCAGAAAUGGAAUUUUUACGGAAAUAUGUAGAAGAUGAGGAACCAACAACUACAAACUACACUGGCAUGCAAGAACUUUUUGACGAAAUGGCCGGAGAUCCUGAAGUCAUAAGCUCCUCCAUGGAUGAAUCUUCAUCUACGCCAACAUUUAAACGCAAGAAGCCAAAACAUGGAACUUUUGACACCGAAAUGCAAACAGCCUUGCAAAAACUGAAUACCUUAGCAUCAGGUAUUUUAAGUGCGCCACAGGAUCCUUUCUAUUUAUAUUUUCAAUCAGAAAUGGAAAAAUUACCAGAGAAUACUUCCUAG